AUGUCGGGGAGCUACUCCUCGCGGCUCCGCGCCGGGGGCGGCGGCGGGGGCCUGGGCGCGACGACGGUGCUGGCGGCCAAGGUGGCGUUCGCGUCGGCCGCGCUGGCCGCGGCCGCGUGCAUGGUGCCGCAGCUCGUGUCCGGCGCCGACGCCUUCCUCUGGAAGCUCUACCUCUUCGUCACCGUGCACGUCAUCAUCUUCGUCAUCUGGAAGCUCUCCGACAGCAAGCACUUCCACGCCGCGCAGCAGCAGCACAAGGACCCCUGGGCGCCGUCGCCGCUCCACCACCCCGCUGCCGCGGCGCCCCCGCUGCUGACGGAGCCGGCCGUGCUGGCCGCCGUCAAGCGCAGGGUGGACUUCGCGCCCGCCCCCGCCGUCUUCUCCGCCGCGCCGGCCGAGGUGUACCGCGUGCCCCCGCCCGUGUCGCGCUGGCACGAGGCUGCCGACUCGGCGGUGGUCGAGGAGGUCGUCUCCCCUGUCUCAUUCGGCGGCGAGUCGUGCGUCACCACGGAGUCCGAUGAGGACGCUUCCUCCGCCGCCGUGUCAGCCUACAUCGCCACCGCCGACGAGGGCAGGAGCGUCUCGCCUGGACUGGCGCCCGCACGGGAACACGCGGUCCUCGAGCGUGGGGUCUCCCUGCCCCCUCGCCGGGCUACCGCGCCCACGGACGAACACUUCGACGGCGCCGACGACAACCACGACGGCGGCGGCGGCGACGACGACCUGGACGCGACGUGGAACGCCAUCAUGCAGAAGACGCGCCCGGCGACGGCGCCGGCCGCAUCCACCACCUCCCCUCCAGCCCCACGCUCGUCGCCUCCCCGGCCAACCCCAUCGCCGCGGCCGCGAGCCCGGGAGCCUUCCGUCGGCGCGGCGGAGCUGAGCAAGCGGUCAGAGGAUUUCAUCAAGAAGAUCCACAACUCCUUCGGCCGGCACCAAUAA